AUGUCGUUUCUUUACGUCGCAAAUAAAAACAGUCAGGGACGUAAGCUGAACAAAGCUCAGAAGGCGAAGCAGCAGCAAGAGGAGGAGGAGAGAAGACUGCAAGAGGAAGAGGAGGCCCGGCUACAGGCAGCGAGAGAAGAACAGGAAAGGUUGGCAAGAGAGCGAAAGGAGCAGGAGCUGCAAAGGCUUGAGUUAAAGGACAGGGAGCGCAGAGCAGAUGAGCUGGAUGAACUACGCCAUCUGCUGGAGGAGAAUCAUACUGCAGUGACCAAAUGGAAAGCUGAUGCUGUGGAGAAAGCCAAGUGGGAGAGGUACAUGCAAUGUGAUGGAACACCAGACCCGGCAGUAGAGCAGGAUAUUAACACAUAUAUCAGCCUGUGGAGAGAUGACCCAGACGUCAACAUCACAGUCGUGCUCAAGCAAUGUAACCUCGCUCUACAGCUGAUGGAGGAGCUGGAGGGUCUGCUCAGAGAUGUUACAGAUCAUCAAGAGGGCCAGAAGUACCAGGAGGCUCUCAUAAAUUUGCAGGAGCUAAUCCACUCUAAACACCUCCUCACCACUGAGGAGAUCCUUAAGAGAGCCAGCGCCAACAUUGACACUGAGACAGGCAAUAUGCAGACUGUGGUCAGAGACGACAACGUUACACUGUGUAUCUGGGCCAACCUCAAGAAGAAUCCAAGGUUUAAAGGUUUAACCUUUGAGGGGGUCGGCAUGGGCUUUGAGCUUCCCAAGCAGCUGGCUGUGAGCAGCAUUGCUGUACGGAACUUCCACACACGCUAUGAUCACCUGUCUUUGCUGGCAAGGAUGGCUCACCUGAGAAUAAACACACCAAGCUACAGGUCUCUUGCAGGGGGCGAGGAGGCAGAUAUAGUUGCACCUGAGCUGGAGGAGACAAAUGUCGAGGGGGAGGUGAAAGAUGAUAACACCACACAGCAGCAAAAAGCAGAAGAGGAAGGGUUUGAAGGGACCGGGAGGAAGAGUGCUGCCAGUCAACAGUCAGGAAACAGCGCCCCGCCUGCAGAGGGCAGAGGCAGCCAGAUACAGACACAUAUAGAGGCGCUCGGUGGUUUCUCUCUCCCUGCAGCAGAGGGGGACUUGACUGCUCUCUCAGAGCAGCUGUCCCUGACAGACUGUAGUGAGCGUUUCAAGGUGGUGGAUAUGAUGCAGUACACGCCUCUGGGUGGGGUCUUCUACUACGAAGUGUUCCACCUCCCACCACAAGCUCAUCACAUCAAUGGCUGGGAAAUUAGACAGUUGUUGGACACAGGGCUGCAGUUUUUCCACUACCCCAUGGAAAAGUCCAACUUAGAUGACAAUGAGGUCCUCAUCUGCCCUCCUGUUGGGGUCUCUGUGACGCUGCCCGAAUCGGUUGUCUUCUUGGAGGCUCCCCAAGUGGCUCGCUGGGAUGCUGCAGUGAAGCAGUGGAGGAUGGACGGCAUCACUGACGUCUCUUAUGAGGAGGCAGAAGCAAAGAUUUCCUUCAAGAUGGACUCCUUCCAGGCCUUUGUGCUGAUGCAGGAAACAUACGCCAACUUUCCUUUUCAAAGCUGGGAGCUCCGGCCACUGGGCCAAGACUCAGCUCUUUUCACCAUCAACGGAGCGCUGAUCGACCUCAGCAUCACCAUCCAGGGUAACCAGUGCAUGUUGCAGACAGAGCGAGAGGUUGGCCUCGCUCACCUCGUAGGGAGGUGGAUGAGUGGCUCCGCUCUGCAGAGAGCGAUGCUCAACGCAGGGAUCAACAUCUUUGUGAACGAGCACACUGACAAAUACGUCAGCAGCUGCAGCAAGGACCCACUUACAGAACACGCUGCCUACGAACAGAUGGCCCUCUUCGCCUCUGCCUGUGCUUUCUCGUGGAGCAAGUGGAAUUCUAAAUGUGGAGCGGAGCAUUUGGUCAUGCAGGUGUGUGAGAACCUUGGCCCCACCCCUGUGCCUAAGGGCUCGUGGAGUCUCUACCUGCUAGGUGCCCAGAGGAGUCAGAUGCUGGAGAUCACAGAGAAGAGUGAGGCUUUCUCACCAGACCAUAAUCCAGGCAGUGAGUUUCACUCCACCUUUAUCCACAUGCUGCAGGACAACAUGAGCACUGAUGGCAUAGCUAGGACCAGAGAGUCUAACUAUCUCUUUGUUGACACAGUUCAAAGUCUGCUCUGUGCCGCCAGACCACUUAUGUACUCAUAA